AUGGCAUCAUCAUCGAAUGGGAAUUCAACUGAAUCAGAAAAUGCUGUAUCACCUGGCGUUUCUAACGCAAAACGCAGCGGAGUUUGGAUGUGGUUCAAAGAAGAUGAGGAAGAUAAAAACAAGGCCAAAUGCAAUCUAUGCAGCUCCCCAAUUUCAUGCGGAACUGAAGAUAGGAGAAGUACGUCCUCAAUGAAAAGGCAUCUUGACGCAAGACAUAAAAAAGAGUUCAAACUUGCAUUUCCAAAAGACGACGUGGAAUUUGAAGAGAAAGAAAUGGACGUCGCAUUUACUUCCGCUGCUAAAAGACCAAAAAUGACGCAACAAACUAUUGAGGAAAGUUUGCAAGCCACAAAACUGUGGGAUAUCAUGGACCCUCGGGCAGUCAAAAUUCAUUAUGCCAUCGGAGAGAUGAUUGCUGUUGACGUUUUGCCAUUUAAUAUUAUGGAUAAAAUUGGCUUCAACAAUUUUUCAUCAAUAAUUCAGCCACGCUAUAAGGUUCCAGGUCGGACGUUCAUGAACACGAAAAUCGUACCAGAUAUAUAUGCACGCUCCAGACAAAAAAUUCAAGAAGCGGUUGAUCAGGAACCUUGGAUUUCCUUUACAACAGAUAUUUGGACUAGUUCAUGUAACAAUUUCAGUUUCAUCAGUUUUACCGCUCACUUGAAUUCGGAAAGUUUUUCAAACCACCAUGUCGUCCUGAAUUGCAAAUAUUUUCCGGGCAGUCAUACGGGCAGUACUAUCGAAGGAAUUUUAAAUGAGAUCUUGUCUGAGUGGAAUAUUGAAAAAUCUCGCGUUCAUCUCCUGGUCGCGGAUAGUGCAGCAAAUAUUGUCAAGGGGAUAAACAAUGCAGAUCUCGCUCUGGUGCCAUGCUUUUCUCACAAAAUUCAGCUUGCGUAUCAGGACUCAAUUCGGGCUCAGAAAACUGUCAACGAUCUCAUUUCAAGAGCAAAAAAUAUCGUUUCAAAAUUCAACCAAUCGCCAAAAAAUUGUGAACUUUUGAAGGAUAAACAGAACGAAGCAGGACUGAUCCCUAAAAAAUUACUGCAGGAUAUAGCGACGAGAUGGAACUCCACAUUUUACAUGUUAGAAAGGAUGAAUGAACUCAAACAGUUCAUUGGGGCUCUCUCUACGGAAAUAAAAUUCGUGAUCCCCAAUGUGAAGACUCUGUUGAGAUAUUAUGGAAAGCAAAACCAAAUGGAUUUAGGACUAAAAACAUUCAAAGCUGAGCUCCUUAAAAAUUUGAAAAUUCGAUUCAUGGAUUUGCAAGAAUUAGAUGUAUAUGCAUUUGCUACUUUUCUUGAUCCCCGAUUUAAAAUUAAGAUGUUUGAUGUCACCAGCCAUGAUAUUAUGAAGUCAAAAUUUACGAAGUUCGUAGUGGAUACCGAACUUGGUGAGCCCCAUAUGGAAACACAACGGAAUCCACAAACAAAGAGCACGCCAGAUUAUCAGGGACCACUCAAUAUUGCAGAUUAA